AUGGUCGAGCCACCCAACGUAACUGAGUUUAUCACUAAGCGCCCCAUCCCUUCUCACCGAGCAAAGAUUUUCACCGGCCACGCUUGGUGUCUUCACGUCGAUGGUGCAUUUAACAAUCGAGGGGCCGACGCUGGGAUAGUGUUAGUAUCGUCAAGCAGAACAAUGCAUGAGCAAGCCCUUGGCAUUGGCUGCCCCACUACCAACAAUGAAGCCGAGUACGAAGCCUUAAUCGCUGGGCUAAGGUUGGCUUGGCAUAUGGGCGCCGAAGAAGUCCAGGUUUACAGCGACUCUUUGCUCAUUGUAAAGCAGCUCAAUAAUGAUUAUGAAGCCAAGGAUGCGUGCAUGAAUAAAUACAUGAGCCAGGUCAUUACUUUGACCAGUUCGUUUCAAAAUGUGUGCUUUGAUCAUGUUGGCAGGGAUCUUAAUUUGCAUGUUGACUCUUUGGCCGGCCUCGGCGCCAUUUGCACCGAACAUGAUGGUUAUCGCACAAUAAUCCUUAGCAAGGUUACUUCACCAAGCUUCGAGCCAGAACUGCGGGAGGUCAUGGAAAUACAUUUGGCUCCAAGCUGGAUGGAUCUUUUGAUCUCCUCCUUAAAGCAUGCCACCCUUCCCACCGAUCGCAAGGAGGAGAUACCAGGCAUCUUCAAUGAACUACAUGAUGGAAGUGCUAGCUGCCACAUCGGUAGCCGAUCCUUGGCCGACCAUGCUCUGUCCCAAGGUUAUUGGUGGAAGAAGAUGGUGCACUCAACUAUAGAGUUUGCCAAGCAGUAUUACUAUACCAAGUGGGUGGAGGCCAAGGCGCUCAUAACAAUCAUGGCCGCCGAUGUGGAGAAUUUCUUUUGGAAGCAAAUCUUCACCAGGUUCGACGUGCCGUAUGCCAUUGUGUCUGACAACGGUACCCAGAUUGUAGCCGAUGCUAUCAAGGCCCUAUAUAAGAGGCGUGGAAUUCAGAUGAAGACAGUUUUUGUCUCUUAUCCUCAGGGGAACGGUCAAGCUGAAGCUGCCAACAAGGCCAUUUCCGCCGGACUAAAACGCCGACUCACCAAUAAGCUUGCAAAUGGGUGGUUGAGUUGCCCGAUGUGUUGUGGGGCUAUCGCACCACUCCACGGCGUGGCACCAGCCGGACCCCUUACUCUAUGGCGUUCAGCAUUGAGGUUGGCCGCCGAAGCAGAUCGUGUUGACAAGCUCCGGGAUGACGCCCACGUUAAGUAUGCGGCCUAUCAGCAGCAGUUGAAGAAAGAGUUGAAGAAAUUCAUGCCCAAGUGGGAAGGCUCAUUUCGAGUUAUUAAGAAAGUGGGCUAUGGUUCUUAUGAGCUCUCCGAGAUGGAUGGCACGACUGUUCCUAACCACUGGAAUGCGCAGCUGCUUAGGAAGUUUUACGCUUAA